UGUUAUCAUCAUCAAAAUAUUUGAAUAUGUAAAUAUAUGAGAAAUUCAAGCCAUUCCUCAAAUUCCCAGUGAACUUCAUAUUGGUACCACACUGGGGAAUCAGAUGCCUGGGAAGAUCAAUGCUGAAGUUUGUUCCCAGCCGCCGUGCCAUUGCUCUCUAACACCAGAGCUGCCUCUAGCUCACCGAGCUCCAGCCGAAGGAGAAGGGGGUAAGGAGGCCCCUGUACCAUGGCUCGUACAAAGCACACCGCCCACAAAUCCACUGGUGGUAAAGCGCCCAGGAAACAACUGGCUACAAAAGCUGCUCUUAAGAGUGCGCCCUCUACUGGAGGGGUGAAGAAACCUCAUUGUUACAGGCUGGCUACUGUGGCACUCCGUGAAAUUAGACGUUAUCAGAAGUCCACUGAACUUCUGAUUCUCAAACUCCCUUUCCAGCUUCUGGUGAGAGAAAUUGCUCAGGACUUCAAAACAGAUCUGCGCUUUCAGAGUGCAGCUAUUGGUGCUUUGCAGGAGGCAACUGAGGCCUAUCUGGUUGGCCUAUUUGAAGAUACCAGCCUGUGUGCCAUCCAUGCCAAACGUGUAACAAUUAUGCCAAAAGAUAUCCAGCUAGCACACUGCAUACGUGGAGAACAUGCUUAAGAGUCCAUUAUGGUGGGAAGCAUUUCAUUCUCAAAAAAAUUUUUUUCUCUUCUUCCUGUUAUUGGUAGUUCUGAAUGUUAGAUUUUUUUUUCCCCAUGGGAUCAAAAGGUACCUAAGUACAUGAUUGCGAGUAAAAUAGGAAAAUAGGGGACAGAAUCAGGUAUUGGAAGUUUUUCCAUUUUCAUUUGUGUGUGAAUUUUUAAUAUUAAUGUUGGGAUGUAAAGCAUUAAUGCAAGUCAAAAUAUUUCAGUGAACAAGUUUCAGCAGUUCAACUUUGU